GCUGGACAGAUUUAAAGCUAUGCAUUUUUGCAUCGGGGGCUCCAUGUUAUCUCGUAAAGACUACAUUUCCCAUGUUGCUGGGGGAGUAUGACGUUAUUUUAACGCGUCAGUCUUCUUUUAGCUACAUGGUGAAUAUUGAGUAGUCACCAUGGUUAUGAAGUCAGCAGUUGAGGAUGAUGAUGCUGGCUGGGGGCUGGGCAUACCAGAAAAGGUGAAGAACAGCGCCAACUGGGUUGACAUUACACAUGAGUUUAAGAACUCCUGCAAAGAAUUGAAUCUUGGAGAGUUGCUUCAUGACAAACUAUUUGGUCUGUUUGAAGCUAUGUCAGCCAUAGAAAUGAUGGAUCCCAAGAUGGAUGCAGGAAUGAUUGGAAACCAGGUCAACAGGAAAGUGCUGAACUUUGAACAAGCUAUCAAGGAAGACGCCAUCAAGGUGAAAGAUCUUAGUCUCCCUGAACUCAUUGGGAUCAUAGACACAUGCUUCUGUUGUUUGAUCACAUGGCUAGAAGGACACUCUCUCGCACAGACUGUGUUCACUUGUCUCUAUGUUCACAACCCUGACCUAAUUGAGGAGCCAGCCCUCAAAGCCUUUGCUCUGGGCAUCCUGAAGGUGUGUGACAUUGCCCGAGAGAAGGUCAACAAAGCAGCUGUGUUUGAGGAGGAAGAUUUCCAGGCCAUGACUUACGGCUUCAAGAUGGCCAAUAAUGUCACAGACCUGCGGGUGACGGGUAUGCUGAAGGACGUGGAAGAUGAGUUACAGAGGAAAGUUAAGAGCACACGUAGUCGACAGGGUGAGCAGCGAGACCCAGAUGUUGAGCUGGAACAUCAGCAGUGCUUGGCACUUUUUAAUAGAAUCAAGUUUACACGCCUUCUACUGACUGCAUUAAUUGCCUUUACCAAAAAAGAGACCAGCUCAGUGGGUGAGGCCCAGAAGCUUGUUGCUCAGGCAGCUGACCUCUUAUCAGCCAUUCACUCCAGUAUUCAGCAUGGCAUCCAGUCCCAAAAUGACACCACUAAAGGAGACCAUCCCAUCAUGAUGGGCUUUGAGCCCCUGGUCAACCAGAGGCUGCUGCCACCUACCUUUCCUCGAUAUGCUAAAAUCAUUAAAAGGGAGGACAUGGUGGCCUAUUUCAGCAAGCUCAUAGAACGCAUCAAGACUGUCUGUGACGUUAUCAACACCACCAACCUGCACGGAAUACUGGACUUCUUCUGUGAGUUCAGUGAGCAGUCGCCCUGUGUGCUCUCCAGAUCCCUACUUCAAACAACGUUCCUCAUAGAUAAUAAGAAGGUGUUUGGCACCCACCUGAUGCAGGACAUGAUUAAAGAUGCACUCAGAUACUUUGUCAGUCCACCUGUUCUCUCAUACAAAUGUUGUUUGUUCAACAACCACCAGGCCAAGGACUACAUUGACUCCUUUGUUACGCACUGCUCCAGGCCAUUCUGCAGUUUAAUUCAAAUCCACGGACACAACCGAGCUCGGCAGAGAGACAAACUGGGUCACAUCCUUGAAGAAUUUGCCACGCUGCAAGAUGAGGCAGAGAAGGUGGAUGCAGCACUGCAUAGCCUGCUGAUGAAACUUGAGCCUCAGCGACAGCACCUGGCCUGUCUUGGCACAUGGAUUCUCUACCAUAACUUGAGGAUCAUGAUCCAAUACCUGCUGAGUGGUUUUGAACUGGAGCUUUACAGCAUGCAUGAAUACUACUACAUCUACUGGUACCUGUCAGAGUUCCUUUAUGCGUGGCUGAUGUCCACUCUGAGCAGAGCCGACUCCUCUCAGAUGGCAGAGGAGCGGAUUCUGGAGGAGCAGCUGAAAGGACGCAGCAGUAAAAAGACCAAGAAGAAGAAGAAAGUUCGCCCACUCAGUAAAGAGAUUACCAUGAGUCAGGCAUACCAGAACAUGUGCGCUGGCAUGUACAAGACUAUGGUGGCUUUAGAUAUGGACGGUAAAGUGCGGAAGCCUCAGUUCGAGCUAGACAGCGAGCAGGUUCGCUAUGAGCACCGCUUUGCUCCCUUCAACAGUGUGGUCACUCCCCCACCGGUACACUACAUCCAGUUCAAGGAGAUGUCUGAUCUAAAGAAAUACAAUCCACCACCGUGCUCAGCUGACCUCUAUUUGGCAGCCAGCAAGCAUUUUCAGCAGGCCAAGCUGAUUCUUGAAAAUGUGCCCAGCCCGGACCCUGAGGUGAAUCGUAUCUUGAAGGUAGCCAAACCCAACAUAGUAGUUAUGAAGCUUCUGGCUGGAGGCCACAAGAAGGAGACCAAGGUGCUUCCAGAGUUCGAUUUCUCAGCUCACAAGUUCUUCCCUGUGGUAAAGAUAAUCUAAUACUGCACCACAGGAUUACAGUCUGUGUGCAUCAGUUGCACAGGCUAUACCCUCACCUGAGCAAGUGCAAUGGGCCUAAUCCAGUCUAUGUUCAAACAUCCGUCUCAGACAUUACACAAGAAACCAGAGUAGAAACACAAGUGGACCUAAAAUAAGUGACCACAUCUACAUCUGUUGAAGUGUGUGCUUGUGCAUGUUAAACACAAGGUGCUUUUUUGCAAAGAACUGGUACAUAAAACUUUUUUAUAAGCCGCCUCCCAGACAGUCUCACAAAUGAUGUAAUGAUGGGUGCAUAUCAUUAAAUCAUAUGAAACGUC